AUGACGGAGGAAGAGAAGGCCGUCGCCUCUGCACGGCGGCUCGAGUAUCCUCCAAAGUGUCAUUGCGGAGAACAAGCCGUGAUAAAUCCACGGAAUGAACUAGAGUUCGUUUGUCCUCUGCGGCGUGAAGAUCGUGGUUUUCGAAAGUGUCGUUUCGCGGAGUGGAUCUAUGGUCCAAAGAGCCAUUGGCCAGAGCCUGAGAAGCAGGAGGAGGUUCCAGAGUGGAAGAAGAAGCGGAGGUCUAUUGCGCCUCCCGUGAUGUGCAAAUGUGGUGUUGAAGCUAGCUACGGCCUAGUUCCUUCAGGUCUUGGGAUUGGCCACUUCUGUGGCCACAUGAUCGACUAUGAUGAGAGCACUCAGAAAUGCAAAUGGGAAUCAUCUGAUGAUGUGUUUAAGUUCAAAGAUGAGUAUAAGGCAAGAGUAGCAGUUCGCAAGACGAGAGGUUAUCCUGCAAACUACGUCACUGAUUUUGUGAAGGACCAUAAGAAGAAAAUGCUUGCAUUCGCCCAGGAGUUGCGUGUUCGUAACCCUGCGAGUAUUGCAUGGAAGAAGUGGUCCGAGGAGAGGGAAAAGGAGAUAGAGGAGUACCGUGCAAGGAAGGCUGAAGAGGAUGCAAGGAAGGCUGCGGAGGAGGCUGAGAGAGCUGAGAUGCAAUGCUUGAACGAUACUAUUGCCUCAUUAUGUGCUAGUGAGUCAUUUAAUUUUUGAAA